AUGUCCGCCCCGGCAUCCAGAUCCCACGAUCUAACCCCACCAUCUACCGCACAUCUCCUGGCUCAAAAGCUACCCAAGCCAUACAUCAACAGCUUUUGCGGUGCCGCUGCCGGCGUUGCUUCGGGCAUUGUUACUUGCCCACUCGAUGUUAUCAAAACCAAGCUGCAGGCUCAAGGCUCCUUCCGUUUCCAGCAGCAUUCACAGAACGCGCCUUCAACAUCCCAGGUCUACCGAGGUCUUGUUGGAACUGCAAAAACAAUCGUGCGCCAAGAUGGUCUCAAGGGCAUGUAUAGAGGUCUUGGACCAAUGGUACUUGGUUAUCUGCCCACAUGGGCUGUCUACAUGAGCGUCUAUGAUAUCGCAAAGAGCAAUUACUCCGAACGCAUUGAACCCCAGUGGUUCUCUCAUGUGUGCUCCUCCGUCACAGCCGGCGCUUGCUCAACCCUUGCAACAAACCCCAUAUGGGUUAUCAAGACUCGUCUCAUGUCUCAAAUAUCCUCAAAAGCUGCCGAAGGACACCGUACCCCUUGGCACUACAACAACACUUGGGAUGCCGCUCGUCAGAUGUACAGAAGUGAGGGCGUCAAGGCCUUCUACUCUGGUUUGGCUCCCGCAUUAUUGGGUCUCACCCACGUCGCCAUUCAAUUCCCUCUCUACGAGUACUUGAAGCUCAAAUUUACUGGUGUUGAGAUGGGCGCAGCUCCUCCAAGCCAAGGCUCAAACUCGGUCGGUGUGCUCGCUGCUACCUGCAUCAGCAAGAUCUGCGCUACCACAGCCACAUAUCCUCACGAAGUCCUGCGCACUCGUCUACAAACACAACAAAGGGGCAUUCCCAGCUCUGAUGGCAUGAUUAAUAAGCCUCGCUAUCAGGGUGUUGUCAAGACCUGCAGAACCAUUCUCUACGAAGAGGGCUGGACUGCCUUCUACAGCGGCAUGGGAACAAAUCUCAUUCGAGCCGUUCCUGCCGCCAUGACUACCAUGCUCACCUUCGAGACACUCAAAAGCAUGAUUGUUCGUCUGCAAGAUGAAGACGAGCACGUUCCGGGAACCGUCUAG